AGGAGUAACCUUCACAGAUGCACGCCAGACUUCCGUGUAGCGUGGUGACAGUGAGUAAGAUUUACUUUACAGGGUUAACUAUAGACUGAGGAGUUUUCUUCAAGAAGAGGAUGUACAAAGUUUGUACCAGCGCCUGUUCCGUUGUUAGAACGGCAUGUGAGCAGAUGUUUACGCAAACGUUGUCCGUGAAUGGACCCCGAUGUUUGUGGUCCAGUGCAGAGAGAUUUCAAGUGCCUGCAGAAAGUUUCACAAGUUCUCCUUCCAACAACAACUUGGAGGAAUACAGUAUUUACCCUCCUGUUCCUGGCCAGGAAUCCAGAUUGCGUUGGCAAGGCAAAAAGUAUGAAGAACUCCCAAUAGCACAUGUUAAAGCAACAUACAACAAUACACACAUCCAAGUAACUGACCACGCAGGGAAAUACAUAACUCGAACAUCAUGUGGCACAGAAGGAUUCAAAAAUAUAAAGAAGGCCACACCAGUAGCUGCUCAGACAGCUGGAAUUUCAGCAGGAGCGAAAGCACAUAGCAAAGGAGUGUUACAUGUGCGAGUUGUAGUGAAGGGUCUGGGACCAGGACGCAUGUCUGCCAUUAAAGGAUUAACAAUGGGUGGAUUAGAGGUAGUUUCCAUCACAGACAACACUCCCAUCCCUCACAAUGGCUGUCGACCAAGGAAAGCACGCAGGAUUUAGGCUGUUGUAUGUAAGAGCAAAACUUCAUCCUUGUGACCAUCGUCUGGAUUUUACUAAACUCAGGUCAUUGAACCUCUUCAUUUAUACAAUAAAUAUUUAUGUUCUGUUACAAUAAA